UACCGGAGCCGCCGACGAUGACUAUCUCCGUUCAAAAUCUCUUAAUAGAACGCAGAUAUCCUUUCAUUGCAUCUCUCUUCCUCCUACUUCUCUUCGUCUGCUUCUUCAUCCUUUCCACCAACACUUCCCAACCACCGCCUCUCUACCGUGUCCUUCAACCCUCUUCUCAUCCGACGGUCACACAAAACAUCUCUAGCACAACGGCAACGGUGCCAGUACUAGAAAUAGACGGUAAAAAAAGUAAUAUUGCAACAGAUCGUGAUUUGGAUGAUAGUGGUGGUGGUGCCGACUUGGUAUUCGAAUGGGAGCUGUGUCCGGGUCCACUGGCGGUGGAUUACAUACCGUGUUUGGAUAAUUACAAGGCGAUAAAGUCCUUGAAAUCGAGAAGGCAUAUGGAGCAUAGAGAGCGACAUUGCCCUAAACCUAACCCUCGUUGUUUGAUUCCGCUUCCUGUUGGAUACAAGGUGCCAGUUCCUUGGCCUAAAAGUAGGGACAUGAUAUGGUUGAACAAUGUCCCCCACCUUAAGCUUGUUGAAUACAAGAAGGAACAAAACUGGGUGAAACGAUCUGGUGAUUAUCUUCUUUUCCCUGGAGGAGGUACUCAAUUUAAGGAGGGAGUUACUCAUUACAUCCAAUACAUAGAAAAGAAUCUGCCAAAAAUUGGUUGGGGAAAGCGCACAAGGGUGAUUCUUGAUGUAGGUUGUGGUGUUGCCAGCUUUGGUGGCUAUUUGUUGGACAAAGAUGUUAUAACCAUGUCAUUUGCUCCAAAAGAUGAACAUGAAGCUCAAAUACAGUUUGCUUUGGAGCGAGGAAUUCCUGCCACUCUCUCAGUAAUUGGAACACAAAGGCUGACAUUUCCAGAUAAUGCCUUUGAUUUGAUUCACUGUGCGCGAUGCAGGGUUCAUUGGGAUGGAUAUGGUGGAAAUCCGUUGUUGGAGUUAAACAGGAUUCUAAGGCCCGGCGGCGUUUUUGUUUGGUCGGCUACACCAGUCUACCGCAAUGAUGAGAGAGAUAAAAAAGUCUGGGAUGCCAUGGUGAUUCUCACUCAAGCCAUUUGCUGGAAGGUAGUGGCCAAAAGUUUCGAUUCAUCUGGAAUAGGACUGGUUAUAUACGAGAAGCCUGUUUCUUCUUCCUGCUACAAAUCACGUAAAGAAAACAAUCCACCUCUAUGUGAUGAGCAUCUCCGGCCAAAAACUUCAUGGUAUGCACCCCUUGAUGGCUGUAUUUCUGCAAUUCCACUAACAGAAACGGGAAGCUCAUAUGGAUGGCCUACACCUUGGCCCGAAAGGCUCAAAAGUAAACCUGCAAGUCUUUCAACCGAACAAGAUGCUGAAAGGAUCUUUCAUGAGGAUACCAAACACUGGUCUGAACUUGUUGCAAAUGUCUACCUAGGAGGCCUGGGUGUAAACUGGUCAAGUGUGAGGAAUGUAAUGGAUAUGAAUGCUGGUUAUGGAGGGUUUGCUGCUGCUUUGACUGAUCUACCUCUAUGGGUGAUGAAUGUUAUUCCUGUUAAUGGACCCGAUACUUUGCCGGUAAUAUUCGACAGAGGGCUGAUUGGUAUCUACCAUGACUGGUGUGAAUCACUUAGUACAUAUCCUAGAUCUUACGAUCUUCUGCAUUCCAGCUUCCUUUUUGGCAACCUAACACAGAGGUGUGAGAUGUUGGAUGGUGCAGUGGAAAUGGAUCGCAUAUUAAGACCAGGAGGAGUCGUGAUAGUUGAAGAUACCAUAGAAAUCUUAAACAAGCUGAGACCAAUUCUGCAUUCACUUCAUUGGUCGGUCAACUUACACCAGCAACGAUUCCUUGUUGGUAGGAAAGGUUUCUGGCGUCCAGAUGGAUCUCCCAAAACCUAAUGGUAAACAAUAUUUUCCAAUAUAAUUUCAUGUAUGAUCUUGUCUUUUUUCUCUUAUUCCAGUGCUCAUUACCUGGACUGUCGUCUUAAGUUUAUUGGGCGGGUGAAAAAUGUUAAACCCUGAUGCUCAAAUAGAAAAAAACAUAGUUCAUCGGAUCAGUUCUUUUAUUUAUAUGAAAUCUCAAUCGAAUUUUAUUUAGCU